AUGGUGUCGAGAUCUUGUGCAAAUUUUCUCGACUUAGCAUCUUGGGACUUGCUGGAUUUUCCUCAGACUCAGAGAGCUCUUCCACGUGUCAUGACUGUCCCUGGUAUCGUCUCUGAGCUGGAAGGAGGCUCUGUUGAUGGAUCCAUCUCCGAUGUUAACUCCUCCACCGGGUCCCACGAGCGGAAGAUUAUAGUGGCGAACAUGUUGCCUCUGCAAGCUAAGAGAGAUACAGAGACAGGGCAGUGGUGCUUUACCUGGGACGAAGACUCUCUCCUCCUGCAGCUCAGAGACGGGUUUUCUUCAGAUACAGAGUUCCUUUACAUAGGAUCGCUGAAUGCUGACGUUAGCGCGAGUGAGCAAGAAGCGGUUUCUCAGAAGCUUCUGAUUGAUUUCAACUGCGUCCCCACGUUUUUGCCUCCAGAGAUGCAAGAAAAGUUUUAUCUUGGUUUCUGUAAACACCAUUUGUGGCCGCUCUUCCACUACAUGCUUCCCAUGUUCCCUGACCAUGGAGACCGUUUUGACCGGCGUCUCUGGCAAGCGUAUGUCUCUGCGAACAAGAUCUUCUCGGAUAGGGUGAUGGAAGUCAUAAACCCUGAGGAGGAUUACGUUUGGAUUCAGGAUUAUCAUCUGAUGGUUCUUCCCACGUUCUUGAGGAAGCGGUUUAACCGGAUCAAGCUCGGUUUUUUCCUUCACAGUCCGUUUCCUUCGUCGGAAAUCUACCGGACUUUGCCGGUCCGGGAUGAUCUUCUGAGAGGGUUGUUGAACUGUGACCUCCUCGGCUUCCACACGUUUGACUACGCGCGCCAUUUCUUGUCAUGCUGCAGUAGAAUGCUUGGCCUUGAUUACGAGUCUAAGCGCGGGCAUAUUGGUCUUGAUUACUUUGGUCGAACUGUGUAUAUCAAGAUUCUUCCUGUUGGUAUCCAUUUAGGUAGGCUGGAGUCCGUUUUGAAUCUCCCUUCCACUGCAGCGAAGAUGAAAGAGAUUCAAGAACAGUUUAAAGGGAAGAAGCUGAUUCUUGGUGUCGAUGACAUGGACAUCUUUAAAGGCAUAAGCCUCAAGCUUAUAGCCAUGGAACGUCUCUUUGAGACGUAUUGGCACAUGCGAGGGAAAGUUGUCCUGAUUCAGAUAGUAAAUCCAGCACGGGCCUCGGGGAAGGAUGUGGAAGAGGCAAAGAGAGAGACGUAUGAAACUGCGAAGAGGAUCAAUGAGCGGUACGGUUCUGCUGGAUAUCAGCCGGUUAUCUUGAUUGAUCGUCUUGUUCCUCGUUAUGAGAAGACUGCGUACUAUGCUAUGGCAGACUGCUGCUUGGUGAAUGCAGUGAGAGACGGCAUGAACUUGGUUCCGUAUAAAUAUAUCAUUUGCAGGCAAGGGACUCCAGGUAUGGAUAAGGCCAUGGGGAUUAGCUAUGAUUCGCCACGCACAAGCAUGCUUGUGGUCUCUGAGUUCAUCGGAUGCUCGCCUUCUUUGAGUGGCGCCAUCAGAGUGAACCCGUGGGAUGUUGAUGCUGUUGCGGAAGCGGUUAACUUGGCUCUGAAGAUGGGUGAGACUGAGAAGCGGUUGAGGCAUGAGAAACACUAUCACUAUGUUAGCACUCAUGGUGUUGGUUAUUGGGCAAAGAGCUUCAUGCAAGAUCUGGAGAGAGCAUGUCAAGAUCAUUAUAACAAACGUUGUUGGGGUAUUGGUUUUGGGUUGAGUUUCAGAGUUCUGUCACUGUCUCCGAGCUUUAGGAAGCUAUCUAUCGAUCACAUUGUCUCGACGUACAGAAAUACAGAGAGAAGGGCGAUAUUUCUGGACUAUGACGGCACUCUCGUUCCUGAGAGCUCCAUCAUCAAAACCCCUACUCCCGAAGUCCUCUCUGUUCUGAAAUCUCUGUGUGAUGAUCCUAAAAACACCGUGUUUAUCGUCAGUGGGAGAGGCUGGGAGUCUCUGAGCGACUGGCUAUCUCCGUGUGAGAAUCUUGGAAUAGCGGCUGAGCACGGCUACUUCAUAAGGGAGAGUAGCAAGAAAGAGUGGGAGACUUGUUACUCGUCAGCUGAUGCAGAGUGGAAGACAAUGGUGGAACCGGUGAUGAGAUCGUACAUGGAGGCGACCGAUGGUUCCACUAUAGAGUUCAAAGAGAGUGCUUUGGUUUGGCAUCACCAAGACGCGGAUCCAGACUUCGGAUCCUGCCAAGCGAAGGAGCUUCUGGAUCAUCUAGAGAGCGUUCUUGCGAAUGAGCCUGUUGUCGUCAAGAGAGGUCAACACAUCGUAGAGGUCAAACCACAGGGAGUAAGCAAAGGACUAGCGGUGGAGAAAGUGAUACACAGAAUGGUGGAGAAUGGGAACCCACCGGACAUGGUGAUGUGUAUAGGAGAUGACAGAUCAGACGAGGACAUGUUUGAGAGCAUAUUGAGCACAAUGACAAACCCUGACCUCCCAAUGCCACCGGAGAUCUUUGCAUGCACGGUGGGAAGAAAACCGAGCAAAGCCAAGUACUUUUUAGAUGAUGUCUCCGAUGUGUUGAAGCUUCUAGGGGGAUUAGCUGCUGCAUCGAGCAGCUCGAAGCCUGAGUAUCAACAAGAAAGCUCCUCGCACUCACACGUGGCGUUUGAAAGCAUCAUCUGA